AUGGGCUUUGUGAUGGGGAGCUCUUGCUUUUUACACUCUCCUCUCUCCCUCUCUCGUUUUCCCUCUUCUUCUCACCCCUUUUUCGUGUAUUCCUCCUCAAGAACUGCAGAGGCCAAGAGAAGGAGAGCUCUGCCAAUGGCGUCUCUGCGCCAAGAGGACCCAAACGACGCCGUUUCUUGCAAGAGGAGGGCUAUUAUGUUGGUGGGUAUUUCAGUUCUUCCGUUCUUGCAACUCAGGGCUAAUGCUCUUGAAGGCUUGGCCACCAGAGAAAGUGAGCUCAAAAACCCGGAGGAGAGGAAAAAAGCAGAGCCAUCUGAAAUAAAUGCACCAUCAAAUCCCGUUUUGUCUCUCCUGAAUGGCCUUGGUAUUUUCAGUUCUGGUAUUCUUGGAGCACUCUAUGGAUUGGCUUGGGCAGAAAAGAAAGCCACUGAUGCAACAGUAGAAUCUAUAAAGACCAAGCUGAAAGAAAAGGAAGCUGCUAUCAUUUCAUUGGAAAGGAACUUUGAAUCAAAGCUACUGAAUGAACAAGAAGAAUGGAGCAAACAACUCACAAGAGCAAUGGAAGAGCAGAAAUCUCUAAUGGACCAACUAAAUUCUGCAAAUAGUACAAUUGCAGGCUUAGGAAAGGAGCUCAAUGGUGAGAAGAGAUUGAUUGACGAGCUUAAAAUUCAAAUUGAUAGUCUUGAAACCAACCUUUCAAAGGCUGGGGAAGAAAAAAUAGCACUUGAGGAAAAUUUGAAGGAAAAGAUCAACUCAAUUGAAGUCUUACAGGGAAGGAUUAAUGUGCUCAAUUUAGAACUCGAGGAUAGAGAAACGAAUAUUCAAAAUCUUGGCUCUUCUCUUGCUGAAAAGGAUUUGGAGUUGAAUGACUUGAAAACUACCAACAAGCGAACAAGGGAUGAACUAGCCAAUGCACUAUCAAAUAUUCAAAAAUUGAAAGAUGAACUCCUGAAAGAUCAAAGGAAUUAG